ACUUACUGCUGGUUCGCGCUUGCAGGGGCUCUUUCAGCGUUCCGUUGGUGAUCGUUUCCUUGCUAAAAUACCUCGUUUACCCUUCUCUGCUCUUUCCUCCCUUUCCCGUUGCUCUUUAUCAUUCUCUGUUGUUGUUUUGAGCCCCGACGAUCAGCUGUGCCCGCCGGCUUCUCCCCCGGCUCGCCGGCCAUUUUCCCUUGUAUUGCCUGCGCUUUACAGCGUUUGCUGCUGGUGAAAAGCCCAGCUUGUUUUUUACUUACGGUGUUUGUGGGUGGUGAUGUUCCUGGUUGUUAUAUUCCCUUGGUUAUAUAUAUAAAUUUUGAUUCCGUUUGUUCUGCCCCCCCUUUUCUUCCGGUUUGUCUUUAAAUUGUUAAAGUUGCUUGUGUUUGGGUGCUUUGUUAGUUAGUUUCAGUGAUCUUUGGUUCUUAGAUAAAUAUAUAUUUCGAUUGUUUAUAUAUAUAUAUUUAUUUAUUUGCUAUUGUAUUAUAUUCAGUGAUAAUUUGAAGGCAGUUUUGGUAUAUUAAUACCCUUUAAUUCAUAGCUUACUUACUUUUCCUUUAAUCCCCCCCUUUUUCAUUUUCUGGGCAUUUAAAGUGGUGUGUUGAUCCUCUGGAUUUCUUGUGCAGUUACUUAAUUAUAUUUAUAGCAUAAUAUUGCAUAAAUUCAUAAUUAUAGCUUAGGUAAUUUAUUCUUAAGGUAUAUUGUUAGUUAAAACUCAUUUAAAAGUUGUUUGUUCAUUUUAUUGAGUUUAAUAAAUACCCUUUAUCAAACACCCCCCCACUUCCCUUUCCCUUAAAUCCUCCACCCCCCUUAAUUCCAGCUUAUAAUACUUACCUGAAAAUAAAAAUAAAUAAAUAAUAAUUAAUACGUGUAAUAAUAAUAAUAGGUUAAGUUAAUUGGUGGAUUGUAGUUAUAUUGCACUGUACGUGCACUGUUUAAAAAAAAAGAGUUGGUAAAUUCAUAAUUAGGUCACACUUGCAUUUGGUAUGUUGUAUAAUUGUUGUUAUUUGGUCUUUACAAAUAUGCCAUCCAAGAAAGCUCAGCAGAAAAAAGGGGUUCGUGUUGUGAAGCAGACUACAAAGCGCCCGCCAAUUCAGCAGGACAUGUCUUAUGAUGAUGAGGAGGAUUUGGGGACCAUCCGUGCGUUGGUAGCUAGAGUUGAGGCGCUGGAAAAGGAACGCAGGCAGCCGCAGGACGCUGAUGCGGGUACAAGUACUGCUCCAGCAGGUAAGAAAUCUGCACGGUUGGCUUCUAAAGUGCCUAAAAAUCGUAUUCUUGCUGAUUUGGUUUCCAGGAUUGGUGUUCUUGAAGCUGCAGUACCCAUUGAAGAGCCCUUAGCAGCUGGGUCGCUAGCUGCUUUGCCUGCGGUUCCAGACACCAUCUCUUCUCCUGCGGUUCCAGUCAUACCUGCUGUUGGGCCUCUUCAAGCGCCACUGCCGUUUUCGCCACCGGCGGCCACGGCUCUGCCUGCCGGAGCUUCGGGGUUUGUCGCACCCCCAGUGGUUGCCUCUCCGGCUGCUUAUGCAGAUGGCGCGCUUUCGGGAGCUUGCAUCUGGAGCGGAACUGGAUCCAGUCCCAGUCCCACCGUUCCUGUGGAACCUUGGCAAUUAGAAGUUGGGGCCGCUAUUGCAGCCGCCCUUGCUCCCAGUACUCAAAAAGCGUAUGAGCAUUCUUUUGCAAAGUUCCAGCGUUUUCGCACCAUUUCUGAAUUGCCUAUGGCGUGGCCUAUUCCUGUUUCGCACUUAUUGCAGUUUAUGAUAUAUUUAAAAGGGCACAACAAUUCUGUUUCUACUAUCGCUGGGCAACUUUCAGCGCUGGCCUUUAUCUCUAAGGUGCGGGGACUGCCGGAUCAUUCUGUAGAUUUUAGGGUCAGAAAGGUCCUUGAGGGUUGGUCGCAUUCCGCUCCCAGGCCCACUGACCGGAGGAGGCCAAUCACACCCGAUGUCCUUCUCCAGAUCCUGGCAAUGUUUCGUUGUUUAUGCUCAUCUCAGUAUGAGUCGCACCUUUUCGCCGCAGUAACUCUGACGAUGUUCUAUGGUGCUUUUCGCCCUAGUGAAGUAUUGGUCCCCUCUAAGCGCGAUGUUGCCUACAGGGCCUUAUGCUUUUGCGUUUGCACGCUAGGUGCUGAUAUUGUGAGGGUUUCCCUACGAGUCUCUAAGACGGAUCAAAAUGGCCAUGGCAGUAUUGUGUCUUUGCACACUUGCCAGGUCCCUGAAUUAUGCCCUGUGUCUGCAAUGCGGAAAUUCUUGUCUAUUCGGCCAGCAUGCCAGCGUUAUCUGUUCAUACAUGCGGAUGGUACAGCCCUGACUCAAUUUCAAUUUUGGGCCGUUGUUCGGCGGGCCUUGUUGGCCAGUGGUCGCGAUGCUGGAGUCUAUGGGCUACAUUCAUUGCGGAUUGGUGCGGCCACGGCCGCGGCCCUCGGGGACUUAAGCGUUAGUGAUAUCCAGGCAAUUGGCAGGUGGCGUUCCGAUGCAUUUAAGUCUUAUGUCAGGUUUUAACUAUAAUGCACUGUGUUUUUGUUUCCAUUAGGUUUGUUGAGCCUUUCAGUCCCCGUGAGGAUCGUACUGUGUGGCCACUCUAUCUUGUUUUGGGCGCACCGGCGUGCCUCUUCGUCGAUACCUGGAACACAGCUGCAGCUUUCAGCCGUAGCUACGGUUCGAUGGGAAGCCCGGAGGGGAAUGUUAUGGGAUGCGCUGUUGUCAUCAGUUUGCCGGAUUAUGUCUUCAGCAGAUCGGCCUCAUGUAUUGUUGAUUCAUUUGGGGGAAAAUGACUUGGUGCAGCGUCCAGGGAUGGACCUGCUUAUCAAGGUCACUCGAGAUCUCACGUGGCUUAUUAGUUCAUUUCCCAACCUCCUACUGGUUUGGUCGGAUAUGUUAGUUAGGAGGGUGUGGAGGGGUGCUUUUCAUCCUAAUAGGAUCGACAGAUCCAGGAAAUGGGUGAAUAGGAAAGUCAGGGCUCUGGUCUUAUCUCUUGGAGGGGCAUAUAUUCCUCAUGAUAUGAUUAGGUUCCAUGUCCCACAAUUGUUUCGGGAUGAUGGGGUCCAUCUUUCCGAACAGGGGUGUGAUUUGUUUUUAGAGGAUUUGAUGCUGGGAUUAAGGGGUUUGUUAAAUUCUUUGGGUUGAGUGGACCAAGCUUUAGCUGAUCCACUCUUGUGGCAUAGAAUUCGGGCAGGUGAGGUAUUCGGGGGAUAAAUUGAGGUGUUUAAGGCAUUCUCGAAAAGGGGCACUGCUUAGGGAACCAUCAGAGCUUCAUGUCUGGGGGGGAUCUGGGUAGUGUCCUUGUGGAACCGGCUUGCGCAUCAUGGUGAACGCUUGUACGGCGGGGCCAUGGUGUGGAGGUUGGAACCACAUAACUGGCUCUAAGAGCAAGGAGGGAGGAAUGCACCCAUGUCCUUGACUCUGGAGUUACAGACUGAGGAGAGUUGUUGCCUUUAGAAGGUGAGGGUAUAAUCCCUCAUAGUUUGGCAUAGCCUCACCUGCCCGAAGUAUUUUAAUCUGAUAAUUGGCUGUAUUGCAUUUGAUCUAGUAUGUUAUAUUUAAUAAAUAUAACAUUAUUCCAGUCUUGUGUCACGAGUCUUCCUUGGUGUGGGGGCAAUAGCAUUCCUGUAAAGGGGCGUAUUUUGCCUUCACCCCAAUUAGGGAAGACGCGGGAAGGUUCUCGAAGUUAAGGCAUGCCGCCACGUGAGAUCGCUCAUCCAAUCUGGAGGGGUGUGGAGCAGUGGAUAUAAAGCUGCUCCUUCCCUCACGCGCUUGCCUUUUUGCCUUGCGGCACCCACCCUCCCUCCCUUGUCAGUAUGGGCUUCGCUGGUCGCCAAAAUGGGGCUGAGUAGGAAUUUUUUGGGGGGGAUCCUGAUUUCAGAAUCCCUUUGGUUUUGCCUACUCCAUACUGCUUGGGUUCAAUUCGAUUGGCUUAUCGGGUUGGGUGCGGUGUGUCUGCUUUGGCUGGCAUAGAAUUCGGGCAGGUGAGGUAUUCGGGGGAUAAAUUGAGGUGUUUAAGGCAUUCUCGAAAAGGGGCACUGCUUAGGGAACCAUCAGAGCUUCAUGUCUGGGGGGGAUCUGGGUAGUGUCCUUGUGGAACCGGCUUGCGCAUCAUGGUGAACGCUUGUAUGGCGGGGCCAUGGUGUGGAGGUUGGAACCACAUAACUGGCUCUAAGAGCAAGGAGGGAGGAAUGCACCCAUGUCCUUGACUCUGGAGUUACAGACUGAGGAGAGUUGUCGCCUUUAGAAGGUGAGGGUAUAAUCCCUCAUAGUUAGGCAUAGCCUCACCUGCCCGAAGUAUUUUAAUCUGAUAAUUGGCUGUAUUGUAUUUGAUC